CUCGCGAGGACGGACGCCAUUAUCGCAUCUCCCCGACAAACACCACGAGAAUUCCGCAGCCCACACGGUGACAGACACCCAGCGCCCUGUGAGCUGGACCCCUGCUUGUGGGCCGGCCUCUCUCUGCUCCUUCUGGAUGAUGUCAGAACAGGACCUAGCGGAUGUGGUUCAAAUCGCAGUGGAAGACCUGAGUCCUGAUCAUCCAGUUGUCCUGGAGAAUCAUGUGGUGACAGAUGAAGAUGAACCUGCUUUGAAACGCCAGCGGCUAGAAAUCAAUUGCCAGGAUCCCUCUAUAAAGUCUUUCCUGUACUCCAUAAACCAGACAAUAUGCUUACGGUUGGAUAGUAUUGAGGCCAAGCUGCAAGCCCUGGAAGCUACUUGCAAAUCGUUGGAGGAGAAGCUGGACCUGGUCACCAACAAACAGCAUAGCCCUAUCCAGGUCCCCAUGGUGGCGGGCUCUCCACUUGGCGCCACUCAGACCUGCAACAAAGUGCGAUGCGUCGUCCCCCAGACUACAGUAAUACUCAACAAUGAUCGGCAGAACGCCAUUGUAGCCAAGAUGGAAGACCCCUUGAGCAACAGGGCACCGGAUUCCCUGGAAAAUAUCAUUAGCAACGCUGUUCCCGGGCGGCGGCAGAACACCAUCGUGGUGAAGGUGCCGGGACAGGACGACAGCCACUAUGAGGACGGGGAGAGCGGCUCGGAGGCCAGCGACUCUGUGUCCAGCUGCGGCCAGCCGGGGAGCCAGAGCAUCGGGAGCAACGUCACCCUCAUCACCUUGAACUCGGAAGAGGAUUACCCCAACGGCACCUGGCUGGGCGAUGAGAACAAUCCUGAGAUGAGGGUGCGCUGCGCCAUCAUCCCCUCUGACAUGCUGCACAUCAGCACCAACUGCCGAACGGCCGAGAAGAUGGCGCUCACGCUGCUGGACUACCUUUUCCACCGUGAGGUGCAGGCCGUGUCCAACCUCUCCGGCCAGGGCAAGCAUGGGAAGAAGCAGCUGGACCCGCUCACCAUCUAUGGGAUCCGGUGUCACCUUUUCUAUAAAUUUGGAAUCACGGAGUCUGACUGGUAUCGAAUCAAACAGAGCAUUGACUCCAAAUGCCGGACAGCAUGGCGGCGAAAACAGCGAGGCCAGAGCCUGGCGGUCAAGAGCUUCUCGCGCAGGACUCCGUCCUCGUCCUCGUACAGUGCCUCAGAGACCAUGCUGGGUACCCCACCACCCUCCAGUGAGCUCCAGCAGCCGCAGCCGCAGGCCCUGCACUACGCCCUGGCCAACGCACAGCAGGUGCAGAUCCACCAGAUUGGAGAGGACGGGCAGGUGCAAGUAAUCCCACAGGGCCACCUCCACAUCGCCCAGGUGCCUCAAGGGGAGCAGGUGCAGAUCACGCAGGACAGUGAGGGCAAUCUACAGAUCCACCAUGUCGGCCAGGACGGGCAGGUCCUUCAGGGUGCUCAGCUGAUUGCCGUGGCCUCCUCAGACCCUGCCGCAGCCGGAGUGGACGGGUCACCUCUCCAGGGUAGUGAUAUCCAGGUGCAGUACGUCCAGCUGGCACCAGUGAGUGACCACACGGCCACAGCACAGACGGCCGAGACCCUGCAGCCCACCCUGCAGCCUGAAAUGCAGCUUGAACAUGGAGCAAUCCAGAUACAGUGAGGCAGGAGGGACCAUCACAGCAGGACUGCACUGGCCUGGCUCAGCCGACAGCCUUGGUCUCCACAUGCCCUGUUCUCACUCUGACCUGGAAGCGACUGUGCGGAUUCUCUGCGGCGCAUCCAAAAGCCUCCUCCUGCACAGGGUGCCCUGGCUGUCCCUGCCAAGAGGGCCCUGGUUUGAGUCAUGCUGCUGGGUCGGGAAGGGGAGCACAGCACCGAACACGUUGAGCACACUUGGAAAGUCAAGAAUGACGAUGUUUUGUUUAAACAGCUUUUUUUAAUUUGCUAUGGUGUUUAUAACAAAAAAGAAAAUUGGAAAAAAAAAAAAAAAAAGAAAAACAGUGGCGUAACAGAAGGCUUUUGCUGUGUGCUCUUUUCAGCGCCAUGGAGACAUGUUUGCAAGAGACGGCUAGCGGUUUUGAUGGAAAGAUUGCUUACCUACUUUUCUAGGGGGAUGCUCUCCCACACACUGUAAUUAUGCAUUUUUAAUGAAAUAAAUUGUA